AAUAAUAAAGAAUCAAAUAAAUCAUUUUUUUUUUGGAAGGUGCAACAGAGCCGUAGCCGCCGGCGGGUAGGGAGGACCAGAGAAGAGAUGAUGUUCACGGUGAAGGCAUGGAGCAACGGGAAAGCUCGAGCCGGGGUUUUGCAGUUCAGCAACUGCCCCUACUCCGUGGACACUCCGGCACUCCUCCUCACCACUCGCAAGGGGCUGCCGGUUUUCAUUCCUCCCGAUCACCUUCCUUCCCUCCCCUCGCCGGACUCUCACCUCCUCCAGAUUUCUCCCAUUCACUUCUUGGGAUGCGUAUCUAACAAAAUCGUAUCCGACAUUGGAGGGCUACACCAGAUGCUUGGCUUACAUGGCCGAAUAUUAUCAGCUGUUCCCAGGGAUUGUAUUAUUUCCAUACCGGAGCACACCAGCUCUAACAGGGAUGGAGCCUCGUUUGAAACUCCUUGUGGUCGUCGUUUGAUAAAACCUGCAGAUUACAUGGAAAUGAUUUCUUGUAUGAGGCCAAACAUGUGGACUACUUUAGCUGAUGAGGUACCUGCUUUUGUUUCGGAGAAGAGGAACAGAACAUCUGUUGAUCGCACUUUGAGAUGGCUUGAUGAUUGCCUCACUUCAAACUUGACAGGUUCAACUGUUUUUGGCUCUAUUGUUGGAGGCUCAAGUAUUGAAGAAAGACAACGUUGUGCUCAAGAAGUUGCGAAGCGAAAUGUUUCAGGUUAUUGGAUUGGUGGGUUUGGAUUAGGAGAGAGUAUGGAGGAACGCACUGCUCUUCUUAGUGCUGUUACGGAAUCUUUACCAGAAGAAAAGCCACGACAUAUAUGCGGGCUCCAACUUCCAGAAGAGGUUUUGCAGGGAGUUGCAGCAGGCAUUGAUCUGUUUGAUUCCUCUUACAUUUUUCACUUGACACUUGGAGGCUUCGCCCUCACCUUUCCACUUGAGAGGACUGAAAGACAUUUAACUGAUCAUAUGCCAAGCAGCAAUACAGGCUGUGAUGGAACAAAGAUCAACCUGAAAUCAACCAUUUACAGGAAAGAUACAUCGCCGAUUGUUGACAAGUGUAACUGUUUUACCUGUCAGAAUCAUACAAAGGCAUACAUCAAUCACCUGUUUAACGUUCAUGAAAUGCUGGCUCAGAUUCUACUGGAAAUACACAACACUCAUCAUUAUAUGGGAUUCUUCCGCUCCAUCAGAGAGUCAAUCAGGGAAGGAACCUUUGGGCAAUACCGGGAGAAGUUCAUCACAAGCAGGCGGAGCCAUCUUAUUCCUCCUGCUUCAGCUUUAGCAAACUGACUUCCAGUUACCUUUGGGAUGCUGUUUUUGACUUCCCCAGGUCUCCAAAAUUGCUGUUUUUGAAAGCCAAGUACAUUGGUAAUUGGUAAUAUCUCUAUUUUCAAUACGAAUGAUUAGGAAACAUUACACCCUCUUCGAUUAGGCCCUUAAGAAUGAUGGCGGGUACUCGGUCUGGUAAUGUCAUAGUACCCGUUUCCGUUUGGCAACAAUUUUAGUUUUUAGCGUUUUUCAAAGUUAAUCGCAGUAUGAAAAAAAUUAUCAAAAAUACUAAUGCUAAUUUAAAAAAAAGGUUGUUCCCUA